AUGGCCGAGCGUCGUUUGAGAAGGGAACUGAAUGAGCUGUACAAGCAACAGCCGCGCAAUUGCUGUGUUUGGCCCGUCACCGGCGAUUUGAUGCUCUGGGAGGCGACCAUUUUGGGCGUCAGAGACACGCCCUACUACUUGGGCGUCUUUUCGCUGCGUCUGCAAUUUACCCACGACUAUCCGUUUGUGGCUCCCCGUGUACACUUCCUGACAAAGAUAUACCAUUGCAACAUUGACUACGACGGAUACAUUUGUUGGGACCUUCUCAGCACCAGGUGGACAGCUUUCAUCAACGUCUCAACCAUACUGCAUGCCGUGUGCGCCCUGAUGCGCGAGCCCAACACCGACGACCCCUGUGACGAGAUGAUGGCGGCCCUCUAUCGCGACAAUCGCAGCGAGUACAUGAGCAACGCGAUCGACUGGACGCUGCGCUAUGCGAUCGCUCCAAGCGUCACUCUGCCGCCGCUGCAGCUGCAGCUGCAGCGCAGGUCGUUGUUCCAAACUCGCGUCCAGGCAGCGAAGGUAGUCAAGGAAGUGGAGGUGCCCGGGGAGCCAGAGGAGCUGAAGGUGGCGGAGGUGCACCAGGAGGCAGACGUGCUCGAGGAGCCAGAGGAGCUGAAGGUGGCGGAAGAGCUGAAGCUGGCGGAGGUGCACAAGGAGGCAGACGUGCUCGAGGAGCCAGAGGAGCUGAAGGGGGCGGAAGAGCUGAACGUAGCGCAGGUGCACAAAGAGGCGGCGGUGACCAAAGAGGCGAAGGAGCUGAAGGUGCUGAACGUUCCCAGGGUGCUCAACGCGGCCAAGCUGGUCAGGAUAACGGCAGUGGGCGCUUCAAUUCGCAGCUGGACUCAGGUGGCGCAGCAGUUGGAUCAGCUGGGCAGCAGCUUGGCGUGGAUGAGACCAACAACGAGGCCGAAUCCGUCGCGUGCGAGGCACAGCUGA